AUGGAGGUGCGGGAUCGCGUGCCGCAGCAUCAGCAUCGUGAUAUCAGGGUGGAGAUAGGUUUCGGAGGUGAAUCGGCGGCGAGCUGCAGGGCUGGAAAGGGCCUUCUGCUCCCCACAGAAGACAGCGGGCUCGGGGCAGCUAUGCCAGCAUCAGGCAAGAUUCAAGGAGUGUGGCGGGAGGGCGCGGAGAAGGAUGCGAGGGCUGACAGCGAAGAGGUAAUGCGGCUGGCCCGCUGUGGACGGUCGCAGCAGGCAAUGCAUGUGCUACAUAAGGACAAGGUCCAGGAGGGCAGCACACGGCUUGCAGUCCCUUCUGCAGUUCAACACCUCGGCCUGUUCAGGCCCAGUAGCAGGCAAGCAAUUGGCAGCUUCUCGACCUCUCCUCUAUUAUUAAGACACGACAAAGCAGUAGCGCAGCACACAGCACAGCACAGCACAGCACAGCGGCCCAAGACGAUGCGCAUUGCGCAGGAGUGCGGCCGAUCUGCACGCGCUGCUUUCGCGACCGCCCUCACCCGGAGUCACUCUGGCUCUAACCGCGAGUACAGUGCCUGUCAUCCCGUCCGGCUCGCGAUGGCUUGUUUGCAGUGGCGGCGGGACCCCAUUUGCUUUUUUGCGGGGCAGCUCUCCGCCUCAUCCUUCACCCUGCUCGUUCGCUUCUGCCAAAGCCUGCAUAUUGCAUUUACACCCUACUUAACUGCAUAUUCACCAGUCCAUCAAAGCAUCGUCGCCUUGCCACGUAACCGCCCAAAGGUAAAGCUGGCGACGAGGGCAGCUGCAGCGCCAGUGCGAGGGUUUCAGCUCCCCCAGAGCUCGAGCGCAAUGACGACGUCCACCACGUUGUCAGCCAGCCGUCCCAGUCCGUCGGGACCCACGCCACGUCGUGAUUCGUGUGCGCCUCGGCCGGACUUUCUGCAGUGA